UCCGAAGACACGCUUCGAGUUUUUUCACUUUGACUCCCUCCUGGCACGCUGGACAUUGUCUCUCUUGCCUAGGACCGGCAUUUGCGCCUUUGAUGGAUGAAGCGCACUAUUUCACACGAGGCAGAAGCAGCGGUGCAUCGACUUCGCGACUUGGGCUUCACUCCGGCCUCAGCCGGGGCUUUACCGAGCCAAGGGGGUCUGAGUCCUCUUGCUGUUCUUGGGCUUGCCGAUGCCAGCUGUUGGCAGCAGGUCCGACAGGCCUUUGUCGGGCGCCUGCGGCAAUUUCCUCCAGAGCAAUUCCCCGAGGAAUUUGUGAUCAUUGUCGACGCGUACAAAAUGCUGAAACGGCGUUUUCAAAGUGCACAAGAAGAGGAUGCCAAUGGCCAAGGCGGCCAAGGCAAGAGGCGAAGGAAGAUGGAGGAGCCUGGAGCCAAUUGUGCGCCACAGCCUGUCGUCACACUCGACAUCAUGGAUUGUGCAGGAGUGGUCCAUGGCUACGCACCAAGACAGCCAAGACAGAUUGCACCUACCGUCCCAGUGCCUGUUAGUGGAGUUGGCAUUGGCCAAGUUGUGAACACCAACGUGCCUGCGGCCUCAACAGGAGCAAUGUGCACUCAUUGAGAGCAGUUCACUUGCACAUUGGCAGCAGAUCCCGGGGCCAAAAUCACUGGAGCUGGAAGCAACUGACAGUGUUUUCACUGACAUGGUCCCUACGUUCCA